CGAGCUGCGAGAAUAGGAAGUGUCGAUCAGUAGUAGGGGCUUAGGGUAGCUAAGUAGUAUCUGGUUAAUAUAAAGGCUAAAGAUUUACCGUUUUUGCCGGUAAACUCGGAUAUUUUGAAGUACCGAGAGCUACUCGGAAGCCAUUUAUUUGACCGGGGUGUUGCCUCUCUCGCAGAUAUUGCGCUGUUUGGUUGUGCUGUGUGGCAGUGUAACACUAGCUUGUUAGCUAUCUGAACGUCAAUUGAGCCAGGUACUACUCUGCUAGCGUAGCUUUGCAUUGGAGUUCGUUAGCUUGUCUGACAGCUACAGUAGCUACAAUUCACCACGUUGUUAUACAGAGAAAAUACGGCUACGUUUUAGUGAGCGUGUGUGUGUGUGAGUUUAUUUAUGCUACGAGUCACAGUGCGCCUCCACUGCAACUGAAUGUUUGCUGAUAGAAAUAGCCACAGCUACAGCUAGCAGACUGUUAGCUCGUCAACAAUGGGCUAUAAGAGGCAUUUAAAGACCGCAAGAACGUUUUAUCUUAUCACCAUCCUGCUGGUUGUCUUCGUCAAAGGAAUAACAGCUGAUGAAGAGCAGCACGGUAAUGACGGACCAGAGCUGAAGUCGUACCAUGACCCAGACUCUGAAGAGGAAGACGUUCGUCUGGCGUCAGGAAUUGUGGCUGGUGCUUCUGUGACCUCUGGUCACGAAGUCUCCCAGCCAGAAGAGGUGAAACAGACACCUGACAAUGGACUGGAGGGAGAGGAGAAGGAGGACCUGCCUGAACAGCCUUCCCCAGUUGAGGAGAAAUCUAAAGAGGUUCCUGUUGUGAAUGGAGGUACAGCCCAUGGAGAGCCCUGCAUCUUCCCCUUCCUCUUUCAGGGGAAGGAAUACUUGGACUGUACCACUGAUGGACGGGGGGAUGGACGGCUGUGGUGCGCCACAACCUACGACUAUGACCAGGAGAAGAAGUGGGGUUUCUGUGAGACGGAGGAGCAGGCACAGCAGAGACUGCAGGCGGAGGAGGCUGAGGAGCAGUAUCAGACUGUCCUGCACAUGCUCAAUGCCACCACCAGGAAAACCCAGAAGAAAGAAUUAUAUGAAAAGCUACUGAAAGUAGCAGAGAAGGGCCACCAGAAAGCCAUGGAGAAGGUGGCGUAUGCCAUGCUGUUUGGAGACUAUAUGAACCAGAAUGUCACCAAGGCCAAAGAAAUGUUUGAGAAGCUUGCAAUAGAGGGCUCACCUAAAGCUCAGACGGCUCUUGGCUUUCUGUACGCAGCAGGACUUGGAGUUAACUCGAGUCAGGCAAAGGCCUUGGUUUACUACACCUUUGGGGCACUAGGUGGAAACUUGGUAGCUCAUAUGAUUCUGGGAUACAGAUACUGGGGAGGUGUUGGUGUUCCCCAGAGUUGUGAGUCUGCACUAACACACUACAGGCUUGUGGCAAAUCAGGUGGCCAGCGAUGUGUCCCUAACAGGGGGCUCAGCGGUGCAGAGGAUCAGGCUGCUGGAUGAGGUGGAGAACCCGGGAUCUACCAGUGGGAUGUUGGAGGAGGACUUGAUCCAGUAUUAUCAGUUUCUAGCUGAGAAAGGAGAUGUACAAGCUCAGGUGGGGUUAGGUCAGCUACACCUGCAUGGAGGACGUGGAGUAGAACAGAAUCAUCAGAGGGCGUAUGACUACUUCACCCAGGCUGCAAACGCAGGGAAUACACAUGCUAUGGCUUUCCUCGGCAAGAUGUACUCGGAAGGCAGCGACUAUCUCCCUCAGAACAACGAGACAGCCCUGCAGUACUUUAAGAAGGCCUCUGACCUGGGUAAUCCAGUGGGGCAGAGUGGCCUGGGUAUGGCCUAUCUAUAUGGAAGAGGUGUCCCAGUGAACUAUGAGCUGGCACUGAAAUACUUCCAGAAGGCAGCAGAGCAGGGCUGGGUGGAUGGACAACUCCAGCUGGGCACCAUGUAUUACAAUGGCAUUGGUGUGAAGCGGGAUUACAAGCAGGCACUUAAAUUCUUCAACCUGGCCUCACAGGCAGGCCACAUCCUGGCCUUCUACAACUUGGCCCAGAUGCAUGCUACUGGUACUGGUGUGAUGCGCUCCUGUCACACUGCUGUGGAGCUUUUCAAGAAUGUGUGUGAGCGCGGCCGCUGGUCAGAGCGUCUCAUGACGGCCUACAGCAGCUUUAAGGAGGGUGAGACGGAUGCUGCGCUGGUCCAGUAUCUGCUGCUGGCUGAGCAGGGCUAUGAGGUGGCCCAGAGCAAUGUGGCCUUCGUUCUGGACCAGAAAGGAGCAAAGAUUUUCAGUGAGAAUGAGACCUACCCUCGUGCUUUGCUGCACUGGACAAGAGCUGCAGCACAAGGUUACACUGUGGCAAGGAUAAAACUAGGGGACUACCACUUCUACGGCUACGGAACAGAUGUGGACUAUGAGACAGCCGUCAUCCACUACAGACUGGCAUCAGAGCAGCAGCACAGUGCCCAGGCGAUGUUUAACUUGGGUUACAUGCAUGAGAAAGGCCUUGGCAUCAAACAGGACAUCCAUUUAGCCAAGCGUUUCUACGACAUGGCAGCUGAAGCCAGUCCUGAUGCCCAGGUCCCAGUUUUUCUGGCCUUGUGCAAGCUGGGUCUGAUUUACACUCUGCAGUACCUGCAGGAUCUUAACUUGAAGGAGCUGAUUUCUCAGGUGGACCUGGACCAGAUUCUGGGCCCGGAGUGGGACCUCUACCUCAUGACCGUCAUCGCCCUGCUGUUAGGCACAGUCAUCGCCUACAGACAGCGCCAACACCAAAUCAUAGUUCCCCCUCGCCCACCUGCCCCUGCCCCUGCCCCUACCCCGGCACCCCCACCUAGACCAGCUCAGGAACAGUCGCAAGCCCCGGCCGAGCCGCAGGGUCAAGAAGAAACACAAGCCCAGGCUCCAGCCCAGGAGGAAGAGGAGCAGCAGCAGUGAGAGGAAGCCAGACGGAGUGAGGGCAGUUAAAGACAGACAUGAGGCUCUGCCAGCCUGCCCCGUGGAGCAGCUGGUGCUUACUAACUAAAUACCUGCUAGUUUGAGCACCUCUCCCACUCUGCCUGCUCCCCUCCACAUGCUAAAAGAAGACUGAGAUGGCUGCUGACCUGUGCAGUCUCACAACUCCCUUUCUCCAUUUCAAAUAUGCUGGUCCUGUGUUGAAGAAAGGCAGUGGGGGUGUUUAUGGACAAUGCUACAGAACAGAGUGUUGCGAGGAUAACACAGACUUGUGACUCAGGAUACUGCCAGAAGCACCCGUGUCCUCACCAUGGAAAAAGCCUUGCGAUUACCAGAUCAAAGGCAUUUUGUGACUUGACUAAUCAACAUAGUCAACAUAGUUGGAAUCUGAUAUGAGUAUUAGUUUCUUUUCACUUUCCCUUUUUUUUUUUUGAGAAAGUAACACUCAAAACUGCUUCAAUCAAAAAUUCAGGCAGGAAAACGGGAACUAGAAUAAUUUUAUUUGCGAGUUGCUAAAGAAAGUCAUGUUUUUGCAUGUUUUCUCAUCAUUUUGCAGACUUUCAUUUUAGGCACCUUUUUUUUCAGAUACUGAAACAAGUGAACAAAUUUUGCAUUCAUUGUUAUUUGUUUAGUUGACAUGUCAGGUCAGUUACCUGUUACAUACCUGCAAUUCACAGAAACAGUUUGUGUCCAUUCAACAUUAGUAACAAUGCUAAACUGUGCUAAAGCCAUGUUAAUGUCAUUAAUAUAAGAAGAAGAAACCUGUUAAGAGGUUUUCUUUAAUUAAUAGAAACUUGGACUGAUAAUUUUAAGUACACAGGUGGAGACGUCUUCAACAUGGCAGACACACAGAGAACGAAUGAGAAUCUGCUGAAGUCAGUCAAAACUAAGCUGCCGCUGAAAUCCUUGAUGCAGAUCCUGUUUGAAAAUUCAUCCAGACGCGUCCCUCUCCAAAAACAGCGACAGCAGAGUGCGCAGGCUUUUAGAAAUUCAAGUUAAAGAGCAAAUAUCAGAAAAACUGAUGUUUAGAGUUCAGUAAAAGACAGGGGAGAACAGUUUUAGAAGGUGUACUGUACGGUGGUGAGAUAUUGUCAUCGUCAGGCUUUGAUUUCAUUCUAGUGGUUGGUUUUUGGAAGGUAGCUCAAUAGUUCCUCUCUUCCCACAUGCCCUGUUUUUUUUUUUUUUUUUUUUUGUUAAGCCUCGUGUUAGCCGAGGCGUAAACUGGAGCAGCCUUAAAUAUAGCAGCGCCUCAAACUCUGGAUUGUUUCUACAUUAGAGGAAGUGGUUUAGUGUUUUUUGUGUUUGGUUACACAACUUCAGCUGUUGUGAGAAUUUCCACCCCCUCACCAAAAGUCCAAGUUGGAGCUCAAUUCUCUGCCUACACUUUUCAGCUCAGAUGGACCUCAAAUGAAGAAAUUAAGCCAUGGUUAGGCCAGACAGUAUUUAUCAAGACAAGAUUAGAAACUUCAGAUUUUGCCAAACGCAGUCCAUUUGUUCAGUUCCACAGUAUGUGCUUGUUGUAUGAAUUAUUGAGAAGUUAUCUGCCAAUACAUCUGCAUGAAGUGUAUGAAGUCAAAAAAAAAGGACCGUAAAUUGUCAUUUGCAGGAGGAAAAUUAAUUAUUCCAAACUGUUUCACAGAAACAUUCACACAUCGAUGUCAACACAACUCAACAAUUUGUCUAAAAUGAAACACUGGUCAAGAUUGUCGAGAAGACUGCAUUUUUACCAUCGCAAAUACAAGUUUAUAAAGAAAUUAAUAAAUGAUAUAUGGAUAUUUA